AAGCGGCUGCGUGAGCGCAUUGACCACCAGUUUUAUCUAUAAUUCGGUCCGCGCACUUCUCUCAGUUUUCCCUCGCCAUGAGUCGGUUUGCCAAUUACAAAUCGAUCAUUGUGGUCUUGAGUACAAUCGGCUCUCUGGCGAUUGGAACUCCCAUCAAACUUUCCGAAGAAGCAAUUUCCACCACACCAACAGCCGGAAUGUCUAACUGUCCGAGAAUAGUGAGCCGCAGCGAAUGGCGAGCCCGUUCACCAACGGAGGAAUACUUGCCAAUGGUGGUAUCACCCUCAUCCUACGUAGUGGCGCACCAUGGAGGAAUACCCCAUUACUGUUACGACGAAACAACUUGCGCCAACAUCGUCCGGAGCUACCAAGACCUUCACAUGGACGUAAACACAUGGGCCGACAUCGGGUACCACUUCGUGAUCGGCGGGGAUGGAAACGUCUACGAGGGCAGAGGGUGGGACCACGUUGGCGCCCAUUGCCCAGGGUACAACGGUCAAGGAAUCGGGAUCUGCAUAAUCGGCGAUUAUACCUCACGCAUGCCUAACAACGCGUCCCUGGAAGCUUUCCAAUCGCUCAUCGACUGCGGUAUUUCCUUGGGGAAGGUCAAGCCAGAUUACAAGCUCAUCGGGCACCGGCAGGGCCGGGACACUCAGUGUCCGGGGGAAACGUUUUACGCUCAUAUUAAGACAAUGCCGCACUGGGAGCCGAAUCCCGUGCCCUUGUGGGGCGUUUCGGGAAAGGGUGUCUUCAAGCCGGGUACGAAGAACCUCACCGGGACGCAGAGAUGGACGGGCCUUAUUGCCUUGGGAGUGCCGUACAAGGAAUCCGAGACAAGCACGGGGGAGAAAGUCGAGGAGAACGACGUCGGUACGGAAAACACGACCGUUGAGAAGAAUCCCACUGAUUGA